AUGUAAUUGAAACAAGUCUACUAAACAGACUUAUUUAGAGAUCCACCUGAAGGUGUUUUAGUAAAUCAUCGAUUCAUAAUUAAACAAAAAAUUGGUAAAGGUUCUUUUGGGUCUGUCUUCAAAGCUGGAAUACCUAAACUAUUUUGGUAUGGAUCUGAAGGAGACUAUAAUAUAAUGGCUAUGGAAUUAUUGGGAUCGAAUCUUGAGGAUCUAAUGAAAGAAUGCGGUGGAAAACUUUCUCUUUAAGCUGUACUAUUAAUUGCUGAUCUCAUGGACUAGCUAAAAAAUUUCGAGAUCCAAACACAGGCAUGCAUAUACCUUAGUCUUCAAAGUUAUCUUUAACAGGAACUGCGAGAUAUGCCUCUAUAAAUGCUCAUUUAGGCUUUUGUAAAAUCCAAAAUCUAAAGAAUUUAAUUUUUGACAUUAGAAUAAAGUAGAAGAGAUGAUUUAGAAUCAGUUUUGUAUGUAUUAAUAUAUCUCUUAAAUGGUUAACUUCCUUGGUAAGGGGUUAAAGCACUAAACAGGCAUGAGAAAUAGACUUAGAUUAUGGAUAUGAAGAUGGCCAUACCUGAAAGUAUGUUAUGCCAUGGACUACCAUAGGGCUUCUGUGAUGCUUUGUUAUAUAUCAAAGGUCUAGACUUUGAAUAAAAACCCAAUUAUGAGUACAUUAAAAACAUUUUCAAGGAAAUUUAUGUGAAACAGCAUUUCAAAAAGACAGAGCUAUUAUUUGAUUGGCAAAUUAUCAGAAAAAGGAAAAGAGAAGAAAAGAAGGGAUUUAAAAGCGUGCAAGUAGAGCCUGAGUAAAGCAUAAUGAAUUCCAAUAUGAUUGAUGUUUUUCCCAACCAAAAGGAAAGCAUUAAAGUAUUUCAAAUUGAAGAAUAAAAGAAUGAAGUUAAACCACUGACUAAGCAAAUAUUCAAGAAAGCAAGUUUGGAUAUAUUUCAGCAAGCAUUUAAAGUUCAUUUUGAAAAGUAAAUUCAAGACUCAUUAAAUGAAAUCGAAAUCAAGAAAAAGUAGUUCAAAGAAAAAAUUGCUGUUGAGAUAGCGUCAAAAUUAAAAAACUUGAUGACUAAUAAACUUAAAACAGACAGUGAAAUGUCAGUUGACGAUUAAGCUAGUUUUAAUAGUGAAGAAAUGAGGGAGAAUACCCCCGAUGUGUUAGUUGGUAAUAAUCCGACUAAUAAAAGCCACUUCUUAGAUGAGCUGAAAGACAAGGAGAUACGAGAACUUAAGAAACAACUUGUGGAUCAUUCAUCCCAGAAAUUAAAGAGGAAUAAGACUUAAAAAUUCUCUGACAAAAAAUAACUUGUUCAAUCACCUAAAAAAGCAUAGUCCAAUCCAGAAUCUGAAUAAAGUUCGAGUGUUUAUUCUUACUCAGAUGAAAACAAAGUAAGUGUAAGUGAUUUGGGUAGAUAGAGAAGUAAAUCAAUGUUUGCAGAUAAAUCAGGCUGCUUGUGCUUUUGA